AUUUCGUGAAAAUAAGUAUUUUGUGGUUACAGCUCAAUCAACGUAUUGGGUUACUGUGGAUCCUACAAUGCAUCCGCAAGAAAUUUUAGCAUAGGAGUUCUGCGAUACGACGUGGUGGCCGUAGUAUUCUAUCCGUAUGCAAGCACGUGAUCAUGGACUGUCCCUGCGUAUGUAUAUUCAUGAUUAGUUCUCGGAUAAGAGUGCAUUCCCAGGGACAAACAGAUAGCUAGAGUUCUGAUUGGUGGAACUGGACGGGUUUUAGAGUGAAUGCCAUUUGUCUGAGGAACUCUUGGCGUUUGGUUUCCUGUGUUGGGAUUUGAAGCAUUGAGUGCAGAGAAAGGAUAAUGUCGAAGAUGAGAGUGGCAGUAAUUGGUGCUGGAAUUAGUGGUUUGGUUUCGGCGUAUGUUCUGGCCAAAGCUGGGGUGGAUGUGGUGCUGUACGAGAAGGAGGAGUACUUGGGCGGCCAUGCCAAGACGGCGACCUUCGACGGCGUUGAUUUAGACCUUGGCUUCAUGGUCUUCAAUCGUGUGACAUAUCCAAAUAUGAUGGAGUUCUUUGAGAGUCUUGGAGUUGAUAUGGAGGCAUCAGAUAUGUCGUUUUCAGUGAGCUUAGACAAAGGCCAGGGCUGUGAAUGGGGAAGCCUAAAUGGUUUGUCGAGUUUGUUUGCACAAAAGAAGAAUGCUAUAAAUCCAUACUUUUGGCAAAUGCUCAGAGAAAUCGUAAAGUUUAAGCAUGAUGUUCUAAGUUAUCUUGAGUUGCUUGAAAACAAUCCAGACAUUGAUCGCAAUGAAACUUUGGGACAGUUUAUCAAUUCACGGGGUUACUCUAAAUUGUUUCGGGAAGCUUAUCUUGUUCCAAUUUGUGGUUCAAUUUGGUCCUGCCCUUCAGAAGGAGUUAUGAGCUUUUCAGCUUUCUCUAUUCUCUCAUUUUGUCGAAAUCAUCAUCUACUUCAGAUCUUUGGCCGUCCACAAUGGCUGACUGUCAGAUGGCGUUCACAUUGUUAUGUGAAGAAGGUCAGAGAAGUGCUAGAGAAUAAAUGUUGUCAAAUUAGAACUAGUUCUGAGGUGCAGUCAGUUAUAUCAAAUGAUGAGGGUUGCACUAUAAUCUGUGGAGACGGUUCCGAAGAAACAUACAAUGGCUGCAUACUGGCUGUCCAUGCCCCUGAUGCUUUGAAAAUAUUAGGAGAGCAAACAACUUUUGAUGAAAUGAGAAUACUUGGUGCUUUUCAAUAUGUCUACAGUGAUAUUUUCCUUCAUCGUGACAAAAGUUUAAUGCCCAAAAACCAAGCAGCAUGGAGUGCAUGGAAUUUUCUUGGAAGUAGAGACAAUAAAGUAUGUUUGACAUACUGGCUCAAUGUGCUUCAGAAUAUUGGUGAAACAGAUCUACCUUUUCUUGUGACUCUCAACCCAGACCAUACACCAAAAAGCACCAUGCUUAAGUGGUCAACUGCUCAUCCAGUCCCAUCUGUUGCUGCAUCAAAAGCUUCGCUUGAGCUUGAUCAUAUCCAAGGGAAGAGAGGAAUUUGGUUUUGUGGGGCAUACCAAGGUUAUGGUUUCCAUGAGGAUGGAUUAAAGGCUGGCAUGGCUGCUGCCCAUAGUAUGCUUGGAAAAAGUUGUGCUCUUUUGAGCAACGCGAAACACAUGGUACCUUCUCUGAUAGAAAUGGGGGCGCGCCUUUCUGUCACCAGGUUCCUAAGACAUUAUAUCUCAGCUGGAUGUGUAAUUCUAUUGGAGGAAGGGGGCACAGUAUUCAACUUUGAAGGAACCAUGGAAAAAUGUUCUCUGAAAACUGUUUUGAGAGUUCAUAGUCCCCAAUUCUACUGGAAGGUAAUGACACGGGCUGAUUUAGGCCUUGCAGAUGCAUAUAUAAACGGAGAUUUUUCUUUUGUUGAUAAAAAAGAUGGUCUUCUAAAUCUUUUUAAGAUUCUUAUUGCAAGCAGAGAUGCAAAUUCCUCCAUCUCAAAGUUGAAUAAGAAAAGGGGCUGGUGGACUCCAUUGUUAUUUACAGCUAGUAUAGCAUCAGCAAAAUACUUUUUUCAGCAUGUGUCAAGGCAAAAUACUCUUACACAGGCCCGCAGGAACAUCUCUCGUCAUUAUGACCUGAGUAACGACCUUUUUGCUCUGUUCUUAGAUGAAACAAUGACAUACUCCUGUGCUGUUUUCAAGAAGGAAGAUGAAGAUUUAAAGGUUGCACAGCUGAGGAAGAUCUCUCUUCUGAUUGAAAAAGCAAGAAUAGAUCAGAAUCAUGAAGUUCUGGAGAUUGGGUGUGGUUGGGGAAGUUUAGCAAUAGAUGUUGUCAAACGAACUGGAUGCAAGUACACUGGCAUUACCCUCUCGAAGGAGCAGCUGAAAUUUGCAGAAAAGAAAGUGAGAGAAGUUGGGCUUCAGGACCACAUUAAAUUUAUUCUGUGUGACUACCGCCAGUUGCCUUAUACCAACAAAUAUGACAGAAUAAUAUCAUGUGAGAUGCUAGAAGCUGUUGGCCAUGAAUUCAUGGAAGAGUUUUUUCGUUGCUGCGAAUCAGUAUUACGAGAAGAUGGGCUUCUUGUUCUGCAGUUCAUAUCAAUACCAGAUGAACGUUAUGAGGAGUACAGGCAAAGUUCAGAUUUCAUAAAGGAGUAUAUAUUUCCCGGUGGAUGCCUACCUUCAUUAAGUAGGGUAACAUCAGCUAUGGCUGCUGCAUCCAGAUUCUGUGUGGAGGAUGUGGAGAACAUAGGAAUUCAUUACUACCGAACACUCAGAUAUUGGAGAAAAAACUUCCUGGAAAAGCAGAGCAAAAUCCUGACUCUCGGGUUCAAUGAAAAAUUCAUUCGGACAUGGGAAUAUUACUUCGACUACAGUGCAGCUGGUUUUAACACACAUACGCUUGGAAAUUAUCAGAUUGUAUUCUCCAGGCCUGGCAAUGCUGCUGCGUUUAGUAAUCCAUAUCAAACAUUGCCUUCAGCAUCUUGAUUUUGUUCUCAACGACAAAACCUUCAGAUUCAUUCCGUCCUGGACACGUUAUAUAGUUGACGUACGUUGCUUAUUUAUGCGAUCAUUUUCCAAAGUACGACGAAAGCCAAGAGAAAAUAAUAUAAAGUUUGCGAUCUUAAUAAAUAAAAAUAUCAUGUCGCACAUUGUGAACA